CGUGCAGUCUUUCGCUAGUUAACUAAUGCUAAUGGAGCACGGUGCUAACAGUUGUUAACAGGAGCCUCCAGGCUGUUCUCUCAGGAAACUUGACUUGCCCCCCUGGUGAGUGGCAGUUUUUUCUUUGAGCGCUGAGGGGUCUGAGUGAAGGCUGAAAGAUGGUCUGAUGGACCGCCGCUUCUUCCUGACCUUCCUCUUCUGCUCAGUGUCGUGGAUCUUCUUCUGGGAAGUGCGCUGGAAGAAAGGAAAAGAAAGUCAGAUUGAGGAAUGGCUACAAGGACAUAGCCUCUCUCAAUACAGGCACCUUUUUGAAGAUGUACAGACACUGGAGGAACUGAGUCUGAGUGUACUGAGUCGUCUAGAAGAGGUGGUGAAGGAACAGCAGCGCUGGAGGGAAAUUGCGGAGGCCCACAUCCAGCUGCUCCGAGACUUUGCCUUCCAAGAGUGGCUUUGCUCCCAGAACCUGGGGCACUAUUACCAUACACUGAAGAACUUGCAUUGUAUGAAUCUGGAUGAUCUGGCUCAGUUUGACAGUCAGCUGCAGCUGUCUCUAGCUGGCUGGGGAUACUACUACGAAGACUACAUUAGGUUAUCUACGGGCAUCAAGAUCCUCCAGAACUCUAGGGGGAGUCGAGACCAGGACUACGAGAUCCGGCUGGUGCACAGCCUUGCUGUGAGGCGUCUGAAUGAGAAGUGGACAAUUGCGGGUGCUCUCAUAUUUGGCUGUACUGUGGCGCUGUGCUUCUUGAUAAGGGACCUGAUGUUUUACGUGAUUGGUGGAAUUACUGUUUCCAUCAUAGCGUUUGUCUUCACCAUCAAGUUCCUCUGUGAGCUUGCAGCGAGGGUUGUCAGCUUCCUGCAGAAUGAGGAUCCAGGGCGACGCGGGGACCGCAGCAUCUACGACUAUGUCCGAGGCAACUACCUCGACCCACGUUCCUGCAAGGUGUCUUGGGACUGGAAGGAACCACAGGAAGUGGGGCAGACCAUGAGCUUCAGAGUCCAGCUGUUCUAUAAGAAUGGCCAGCCUUUUCCGGCCCACCGGCCUGUCGGGCUAAGGGUCAACAUCACCCACAUCGAAUUGGCUCUGGACAUCCCUGUUACACAGGAGGUUCUGCAAGAACCAGAGUCCAAUGUAGUAAAAAUGGCCUUCACUGUGCGUAAGGCCGGACGCUAUGAGGUUGCUGUCAAGCUUGGUGGCCUCAAUGUGGCCUACAGCCCUUAUUACAAGAUAUUUCAGCCAGGUACGGUUGUUCCAUCAAAAACCAAGAUAGCCUACCAUUUCUCCACCCUGGUGCUAACAAACGGCCAGCAGCACACUUUGCAGAUUGAGCCCAGAGACGAGUAUGGGAACCCCACCAGUAACUCCACAUCUCUCACAGAUGAAGCCAACUACAGUGUCCAUGUGCACUCUCUGGGCACGGUGGACGAUGACAGUAGUGAGGAUUACUACAGUAAGUCAGUGUCACUCAAUAAACAGCAGUGCCAGGUUCUGCUGAAAAUGACUCUGAGGAAGACGGGCUGUUUCAGGGCCCGCAUCUCCUACCAGGACCAGCCGCUCAGCAACGGGGAAUUUGACAUUAUUGUUCUCAGUGAGAAUGAGAAGACCUGUGUGGAGAAGAAUGUGUCCACUCCAGGCAUAAGUAUCUACUUUGAGGCAUACCUUUACAGCAAUGGGAACUACAGUUCCUCAUGGCAGUUACCAGCCUCCUCUUUACUGGCUCCCCAGAGGAGGCCCUCCAUGGGAGAGGAGGAGGACGAGCACGACUCUCCUGUGGAGGGACAACCUGAGAAGGUCAAGAAACCAAAAAAGGUCUACUGUUACAUAUCGCCAAAGCAACUAUCCGUGAAGGAGUUCUACCUGAAAAUUAUCCCAUGGCGCCUUUUCACCUUUCGAGUAUGUCCCGGAACUAAAUUCACCUAUUUUGGUCCUGACCCGGUUCACAAGAACCUAACUCUAGUGGUGGAUGACGGGAUACAGCCUCCUGUGGAGCUCAGCUGCAAAGACAGGAACAUCAUGGCUGCCACCUUCAUUCGCUUCCUGCACAAGAACAUUGGUGGAUCUGAAACGUUCCAAGACAAGGUGAACUUCUUUCAACGUGAACUCAGGCACAUUCACUCCAAGAGACCUCGCACCAAGACCUGCCUAAAAAUCACUCGACACACUAUUCUGGACUCAUCCCUGAAAGCUACAAGGAACUUCUCGGUGUCAGACUGGAGUAAGAACUUUGAGGUCGUGUUUCAGGAUGAGGAAGCUCUGGACUGGGGGGGGCCUCGCAGGGAGUGGUUUGAGCUGGUCUGUAAGACCCUCUUUGACACCUCCAACCAACUGUUCACCCGCUUCAGCGACAACAACCAGGGCCUGGUGCACCCAAACGCUGAGCGGCCACCCCACCUGCGUCUAAAGAUGUAUGAGUUUGCAGGUCGCGUCGUAGGGAAGUGCCUGUAUGAGUCCGCUCUGGGCGGGGCCUACAAACAGCUGGUCCGAGCUCGCUUUACACGGUCCUUCUUGGCCCAGAUCAUUGGCCUCAGGAUGAACUACAAGUACUUUGAGACGGAUGAUCAGGAGUUCUACAAAACUAAAGUCUGCUUCAUCCUAAACAAUGACGUGAGUGAAAUGGAUUUGGUGUUUGCCGAGGAGAAGUACAGCAAGUCGGGACAGCUGGAGAAGGUGGUGGAGCUAAUAUCAGGGGGAGCUCAGAUCGCUGUUAACAAUGAAAACAAGAUGCAUUAUCUCAACCUGCUGGCCCAGUACAGACUCGCCAGCCAGGUGAGAGAUGAGGUGGAACACUUCCUGAAAGGCUUGAACGAACUGGUUCCAGAAAACCUGCUAGCCAUAUUUGAUGAGAAUGAAUUGGAGCUGUUGAUGUGUGGCACCGGCGAUAUAAACGUGCAGGACUUCAAGGCCCACGCUGUGAUUGUCGGAGGAUCGUGGCACUUCAGAGAGAAAGUGAUGAAGUGGUUCUGGGCCGUGGUUUCCAGCUUCACCCAGGAAGAGUUGGCGCGUCUGCUACAGUUCACCACCGGCUCCUCUCAGCUGCCCCCCGGGGGAUUCAACACCCUCUGCCCCUCCUUCCAGAUCAUCGCUGCCCCCACACACAGCACCUUGCCCACUGCACACACCUGUUUUAACCAGCUGUGCCUCCCAACGUACGACUCCUAUGAAGAACUGCACAAAAUGUUGAAGCUGGCCAUCAGUGAGGGCAGUGAGGGCUUCGGCAUGCUCUGACUCUCCCAUCACUGGCACUGUGGUUCCACUUGUACAAGCGGAGACCAGCACUGCCCACUCCAGUGCACCAGUUUCCUGCAUUCAUCUGCAUUUAGCAAGUGGGCUUCCUGGCAGAGCAUCACCCAGACUCCCUAUAGAUACUCUCUCAGGAUGAGAGGGCAUUACAGGAAGUCCCAGAAGGCUGUCCUCAAACCGGAACUCUACAUAUGAACUCUCGUUCUACUGUAUGUAUAUAAAAUAUCUCGCUUUUGUAAAAAAAGGAAACCAGGAACUGCUGAAAAAGGGGAGGUUUGGGUUAGUUGUAUUUCUUAAUGCUAAAGUUUGCUUAGUUUUAUAUGUUUAAAAGACAAGAUAUGCUAGAUCAAAGGCCUUGAGUAUUACUUUAUAACUGCUUCUUUUGCAUUUGGCAAACUGAGGAACACUUAAGUGCAACCACGGCCUACAUGUGAUGUGGGCGACAUCUACAGCACUUUGGCCUUAAUCGAUCAGGGACUGAUGUGUGUUUGUAAAUAUAUAAUAUCACUCUUUUAUUCCAAUACUUGUACAUACUAGUGUGUAUACAUAUGUUCUCAUCACAUUACCUUUUUUGGUUUGAACUUUAAGGGUGAAGGGAUUUCUUUCUUGUUCCACGUUUGAUGGGUUUAUAUAAUUUGUAUUCUUUUUUUUUUUCUCUCAGAAGGAAUGGGUUUUAAAAGAAGCCAAGUAAUUUCUAUUGUUUAUACAUGUUUUUAACUUAUUGCGUCUUGAAAAAAAAAUAUUUGUGUUGACCCAUACUGUUGAAACUAUGUUUGUCUGGAGUGGUUAAUAUUUUUGUUAUGUUUUAUAACCUGCCUUAUUCAUGCAUUAUGCAUCUGAUUGUAUCCAGAGAGGUGCAUAGGUGAGAGAAGCAUAGUGGGCAAUACAAAGUAAAAGGUUUAUUAUAGCAUUUCUACUAGUACAUGCAGAGGUCACUGUGGAUGUUGGGGAGAGCCCAUAUAUAACAAAUCAUUUUGUUAUAUAUAACAAAUCAUUUUGUUAUAUAUGCUGUAUCCUUUUCACUUUUUUAUUCACAACCUGUACCUCAGAGUCUCCUAUGCCACCUAUUCAUUCAUCCUCAAACAUAUUCUAAAGUCUACUUACACAGUUUGUUCAUAGCUGCCUCCUCCCAGUCCUGUAACCUUUAACCAUAUUAUCCCACAUCUUCAGUAACGUGAAGCAUUAUAUCAGUGGAGAUUAUAUCCCUGUAAGUUUUUCUUUGUUACUGUUAAACAAUAUAUUUUGAAUGUUGUUAUUAUUGUCAAUAUCCUGAGCCAACCGAGUUGUUUUCUCUCUACUUUUUUUAUUUUUUUGCUGAUCAUAAUUGUGUAGCUAUUCCUUUAUUGUUCCAUAGUACAUUUAGUAGCCAUAUUGUACUAGUGUGUGCCGCCAGUCAUAGGGUUUGUAGAGCGUUUAGGUAAACUCAUUGUUUAGAUCCAGAAGCAAAAAGGAUGUUAAGCUAACGGAUGAUCCGUCUCAUUAGUAUUAUGAACAUGAACAUUUGAAUAUGUUCACAUUCCCCACAGAGCACUCUGCAUCCAAGUUCACUCCUCACAUUAUUCCCACAGUCGGCAGUAAAAGCUUGACUUAGCCACCAAGAGAUUUAACGUCAUUAUUUGUUGAAUGGCAAAGAUGUCACAUUCUGACUGUAGAUGCAGCAGGUUGGGAUAUUUUGCAUUUUCUUACCAGAGUCAACACAGUGUCUGUUCGGGAUGUGAUGAGCGUUUGCUUGUGUUUUAGCGGGCCUCUUACAGUGUUAUGAGGUUUCUAGAAGGAUCCAUGGAUUUGUGUUUGUUUGGGUUGUGCAAUGUUGACCAGUGCUUAUGAAAAUGUUUCAUGAAGGGUGUGUUUUCAGCACCAGAACCAAUGGCUGAUAUCGUAUUUACUAGAAGUAAAACAUAGUUUAAGCAUUACAUGUGUUAGCUGAUCCAUUAGAUAUGUCCAUUAUAAACAGAUAUGAAGGAGGUCUGUCCUGUAGUUUUAUGUUCUUGUUUAAUGUUUUGAUUUUCUUGAGCAUAUACUACUUUGUUAUUAUGUUUGGUUUGUUUCUGGGUUAGAUGACCUGAGUGUGACCUGACUUUUAGCAAUGUAGAUAUUGUGAAAUAUUUGCCUCUGACUUUAAAGCUGGGAUACUUUUUUUCUUUCCUAUUUUUUUUUUUUUCUUUUUUAAAUGGCAAGGCUCUGCUGGCGAAUGUUUGAGAUUCUCUGCACUGCAGGUCCUUUGUUUAUGGGAAUAAAAAAAU